UUAAUCUAUUUUCAUUUGAACUUUUUGUUUUGUUUUGUGUAAUAGACGAAGAAUAAUCAUAUUUUUCAUGGAUGAAAUGUGUGGGUUUAACUCAAGUGGUGACUACCCGGAUAAGGCGUGGUUGUCACCGGAGAAUCAACUGAUAUUUCCUUCUGACUACUCCUCUCUUCUUUGUACGGGUCGGAUUCCCACCUUCGGAUCCGAUGAGUUAUUAUCUGCCGCCUCCGCACUCUCUGAAGCUCCUCCAAUCACUCCUGAGAUUCAACGAGAUGAAGACAUGUCAACUAUUAUCAAAGCCAAAAUCGCUUCUCACCCUUGUUAUCCAAGACUUCUUGAAGCUUAUAUAGAUUGCCAGAAGGUCGGGGCACCUCCAGAGAUAGCAUGUUUGUUAGAUGAAAUUCGAAGAGAGAACGAUCUUUUUAAGCGAGACAUUGUGCCUACGUGCUUGGGAGCUGAUCCUGAGCUUGAUGAGUUCAUGGAAACCUACUGUGACAUGUUGAUGAAGUAUAAAUCUGAUCUUGCAAGGCCGUUUGAUGAAGCAACGACCUUUUUAAACAAAGUUGAAAUGCAGCUUCGCAAUCUCUGCACUAGUGCCUCCGUUAGAAGUCUUUCUGAGGAGGGUGGUGUAUCAUCAGAUGAGGAUUACAGUGCUGGGGAGACAGAGGUGCCAGACUCUCAAAUUCGGGACGAAGAUAGAGAUCUUAAAGAUAAACUUUUACGUAAGUUUGGAGGUCACAUUGGCUCUUUAAAGUUGGAGUUCUCAAAGAAGAAGAAGAAAGGAAAGCUACCAAAAGAAGCUCGGCAAACACUACUUGAGUGGUGGAAUGUUCACUACAAAUGGCCAUACCCAACGGAAGGUGAUAAGAUAGCGUUGGCUGAAUCAACGGGGUUAGAUCAGAAACAAAUAAACAAUUGGUUUAUAAAUCAAAGAAAGAGGCACUGGAAACCAUCGGAGAACAUGCAGUUUGCAGUAAUGGAUAACCUAUCUGGACCAUUAUUUACAGACGACUGAAUUGAAUUGCAUGCAUGUACAUUCUCCAUCAAUUGUAUCUUCUGGUCGAUGAAUGAAUGCAUGUGUAAGCUUUCUGUAUAUUCUAAUUAUAUGUGAACUGAAAUCUCCUGACAUUGAGACUCCUAUUUUGAAAUUUUCUGUAACAAGGAAUUUUUUUUUUUUUAAUUUUGCUUAAUUA